GCGACUAGGAGGCGGCGAGGGAGUAGGACUAUGGUCAGAGUAGUUAUAGCAGCUCCAGAGUCUACCGGUACUGCCACUGGCUUCAGCAGCAGGAUUCUGUCAGUUUUAGUUGUUCAAACAGCAUCUCGAGCAGGGCGGUGUUGAGGCGACCUGUGCACCACAGCCUGAGUUGCUGCCAAGUUGCGGUACGCAGGAAUGAUGGCGGCGGCCAUUGCGGGACCGCUUGCGGUGCACUCACUGGUGGCAAGGGCGUCACUAACAGGGCCAGGGCAAUGCUCGUCUUCCUUGAGCGAGCGUGCAUUCAGUGCUCGCCCUCUGUAUCCUGGCAUUCUGCGGCACCCUUUGGUUGGUCCGAGGCUGCCCAGGAAGCAGGCGGCAGGUAGGCUGUGCCAAGCGGGGGUCGUCAGGGCGGGCUUGGAGAGCUUGGACGUCCCUGGCGCCAUCUCCACCGCACACUCGGUGACAGAGGCACUUGCGACCCGUGCUCACGACCUUGUCUACACCCUGGCUGCGGACCCUGCCGUUACGGAUGCCGUCCAGGCGGCAGGCGACGCAGUUAAAAAUGAUAAUGGAGGCCCGCUCAACAUCCUGACCGGCGUUAUGGAGAGCACCCUGAAUCUGCUGGAGGCGGGGCUGCAGACGCUGCACGUGCCGUACGCCUACGGCUUUGCCAUCAUCCUGCUCACGCUGCUCGUCAAGGCGCUCACCUUCCCCCUCACCAAGCAGCAGGUGGAGUCCACUCUGAACAUGCAGGCGCUGGCGCCCAAGGUGAAGGCCAUCCAGGAGCGCUACAAGGGCGACCAGGAGCGCAUCCAGCUGGAGACGUCACGCCUGUACAAAACCGCAGGGGUCAAUCCACUAGCAGGCUGCCUCCCCACCCUGGCCACGCUACCUGUCUGGAUUGGCUUGUACCGGGCGCUGUCUAAUGUCGCCAGUGAGGGCUUGUUGACGGAGGGCUUUUUCUGGAUCCCGACCCUGGCCGGCCCCACCACCAUUGCGGAGCGCGGCACCGGCUCCGGCACAUCCUGGCUCUUCCCCUUCAUCGACGGGCAGCCCCCGCUGGGGUGGCAGGACACUCUGGCGUACUUGGUGCUGCCCGUGGUGCUCGUCAUCUCGCAGUUCGUCUCCAUGCAGCUCAUGGCGCCCCCCGAGUCUCAAGACCCCGCGCAGAAGCAGUCGCAGGCCAUCCUCAAGUUCCUGCCGCUCAUGAUUGGCUACUUCUCGCUCUCCGUCCCCUCCGGCCUCAGCCUCUACUGGUUGACCAACAACGUGCUGAGCACCGCGCAGCAGGUGUACCUGAAGAAGGGCGGCGGCGCCAAGGCCGGCCUCAGCUCGCUCGAGGACGAGGGCUUCAUCGACCCGGGCAAGGCGCGGCGCACCACCGUCAAGGACCUCAGCCCGCCCCCGCGCACUCCCGGGGCAGUGAUCGACACGGAGGUGACAGAGCGGCCGUCCGCCGGGGAGCUGUUCCGGAGGCGGAAGGAGGAAGAGGAUGCGAAAAGGGCGGAUCGGCGAAGGGUCGCUGAGGCCGCGCAGCAGAAGAAGGACGCCGAGGCAGCCGCGCGCAAAGAGGAGGCCGAGAAACGAUCCGCGGAGGCGGCGCAGGUCGAAGCGAGCACAGAAAGCGAGGCGGAUGCGGAGGGGGGCAACGGUGCUGCGGAGGUAUCUACGGACACAAGUAGCACAGCGCCACUUCCUGGAGACUCCAAUGGUGGUCAGAACGGCGCUCCAAAGGUCGGGGUGCCGGCAGGGACGCGGUCAAAGCGGUCAAGGAGAAGAAGGUCGUAGUGCCUUGCUCUUUCAUCUCGUUAGCGCGUGUUGAUUUUUCAGUAUGCGGUAUGCAAGUGAUAAGCGUUUCUUCGAACGAUCUCUGCUGUGGAUUUUACAAAUAAAUAUCUGGGGGCACCGGCUUCGUAUGGACUUGCGAUUCUACACGCAGUUUGGAAAGGUUUUGACAAUGUACAACUGGAGGAAAGAGAGUCUAUUCAACAGGCACGUUGAGCCAGGUUCGAUAUCGAAGUCCAACAAUUUGACACACACCGAAAAGUAUGGUCAAACAUGAUUGGGCUAUGCAGUCCUUUCUGUGAGAAGGUAGUUGUCUUGUCACUAUCUUAGCUAGCACUUCCGUCAACAGCUCCUUCAUGAGCAUACUCGUAGUUGACUCGUUUCAGACGCUGUCUCGCUUGUUGGCGGUGAGUGUCACAUGAUUGGUGGCGAAUGUCUGCACAGACAGUGACAAACUACCUGC